UCCCAUCCUCCCCGUCACUAUCACCUUCAAUAUGCCCGAGUUGCCUGUUUCCCAUCCCACGCGCCCCAAACCGCGCUCCAAUUCAAUGUCGCAGGCAUCCGAGACAUCGCAAACCGCAGCCGAUUUCAUCAAAGAACAGCUGAGUCUCGAAGCUGAAGCCCGCGAGGCCCUACCAUAUCAAUUCGACACUUGCACACGCGACUUGGGGCCACUUCGCCAGGGCCUAUACUCGUGUCUCGAUUGCAAUCCUCCACCAUCCGAUCCAGCAGACCCCUACGUUCCUGCCGCUGUUUGCUAUGCCUGUUCCAUUUCAUGUCACGGCGAGCAUGCUUUGGUAGAGCUGUUCAACAAGCGCAACUUUGUUUGCGACUGUGGGACCACUCGCCUUCCCGAUACUACACCUUGUACUCUACGCAUCAAUGCGGCCACCGGCCAGAAAGGGGAUGUUACUGCGGAAGAACCAGCCAAAAACAACAAAUAUAAUCAAAAUUUUCGGAAUAGGUUCUGUGGAUGCGCCGAGAGAUAUGACCCCCACGAGGAGAAAGGUGUAAUGUUUCAAUGUCUCGGCCUAGGCACGAUAGAAAACGGGGGUUGUGGAGAGGAUUGGUGGCAUCCUGAAUGCGUUGUAGGGCUCAGCAGGGAAGAAUAUUUAAAGAGCGUUGAGGAGCUCAAAGCGGACAAAGGAAAACAGGAAGAGCCAUCCAAGCCUAUCAGCAUAAUGCGGGAAGUCAGCUUCACCAGGACCGAAGAAGAGGACAAUGGAACACCGGAAGGAAGACGGCCCUCCAUGAUCACGGCCAUAGCUGCGCAAGCGAUCGAAGACAGUGGUGUCGACGGAAACGACUUGGCUGCAGCAGAAAGCGCGGAAGAUGAAGAUCUGCCGCUUCCACCUGGCUUUCCUGCUGAAGAUGAUUUCGAGUACUUCCUGUGCUAUAAAUGUGUUACGGCAAACCCAUGGAUCAAGAAGUACGCCGGAAACCCUGGUUUUCUUGCACCGGUGUACCUAGAUGCUGCUCUCAAUACGACAAACAGCAAAGAAAUAGAGUCUACAUCCGGUGAAACACAGAACGCUGAUGGCAAGAAACGUAAAGCAGAAGACGAGGAAGAUUCUGCUUCGGCUGGUCGCAUGGCUCCCCCUAAACGGCAAAAGUCCGAAGAUGCAGCUGCGACGCUUUCUUCUGUGAUUGAGGAGUCAAGCACCACCAAUCCACUCGGUACUUCUAAGGAGCCCGCUUCGACUUUGUCUACAGAGGAAUCGGCUUGCAAACUACCUUCUCUUAAACCUCUUUCGACCACAGCGGAAAAGCCACCCUUUUCUCUGUUUUUGACCGCCGACUUCCAUGCCCAUCUUUGCCAUUGUCCCACCUGUUUCCCGCUUUUGAAACCACACCCGCAACUUCUCGAGGAAGAAGACGUAUACGAGCCUCCCAUGUCGGAUGAUGGCGAAAAUGCUGAAGGAUCUGUUGGAACUGGUUCUCUUCUCGAUCGCGGUGAAGCUGCUUUCAACAACAUGGAUCGCGUUCGUGCUAUUCAGGGCGCCAUGGCGUACAACUCGUUGAAAGAAGGGUUGAAGGGCUUCCUCAAACCAUUCGCAGAGAGCGGAACGAUGGUUGCUGCGGAUGACAUCAAGGCUUAUUUCGAGAAGUUGAGGGGCGAUGAAGCAGGCAUCCAGGCUGCAGCUGGUGACGCGGCUAAGAGCAAGGAGAACGGUGAUAAUGAGGGAGACGAUGGUCCGAAUGAGGAUUCAAGAAGAGAACAGCCCGGCUAUUGA